GGUAAAUCUUUCAGAUUUUUUUUACGAAAACAGAAAUAUCAGUGCGCGGGAAACAUGCAGUUUAUGGAUAUCUAAAACAAAAGAAAGAAAAUUAAAAAUUAACAAUUUCUUAUUUCAGAUUAUUUUCUCAUCUCUAUUGUUCGAUUUGAAACAGUUUUAAAUUAAAAUUUUAAUAAUUAACUAUAGGACAAAAAAUGUAAAUCAUGAUUUAAAAAUUAUGUUACAAAUUCAUACUUUUCUGAUGCCACAAAUCUCUUGUAACUAUUGUUAUUGGCUGAAAAACUGACCACCAAGAAACACCAAGUGUGUAUCAUCUACUACAUUGACUCAUUACAUUAUAAAUGGUUUCAAUUCAUAUCUAAGAUGUGUUGGAUGUAAAACAAUGAACAAUGUUGUUAUAUACCUUAAUCGGAGGUUAUGUAUUAACAUCGAUGAUACUUUUUAAAUAUCCAAGAUUACUUCAUAAAAAGAAAAAAAUAAAAUUCAAUUGUCAUCAUAUUAGUCAUAGAGGCGGAGCAGGAGAAAAUUAUGAAAAUACAAUGUCCGCAUUUCGACGAGCAGUGGCUAUUGGUACCGAAAUGCUAGAAUUAGAUUGUCAUCUUACUAAAGAUGGUAAGGUGGUUGUGUCGCAUGAUCAAAAUCUAUUACGUAGUACUGGUACCAAUAAAAACAUCUCCGAAUUAAAUUAUAAAGAGCUACCACCAUUAAAACCACGUCUUCCAAUUGAUUUUGAUCCAGACAUGGAAUUUAUCGGUUCUGCAAAUGAAGAUGAAAGGCGUUUUCCUUUAUUAAGAGAAGUAUUUGAGGCAUUUCCAAAUAUUCCUAUUAAUAUCGACAUUAAGAUAAACGAUGAUGAACUUAUAAAGCAAGUUUCUGAUUUGAUUAUAGAAUUUAAACGAGAGGAAUAUACAGUUUGGGGUAAUUUUAGUGAUGAAAUUACACGUAAAUGUUACAAAAUGAAUCCAAAUGUGAAUCUAUUAUUUUCUAUGCGACGUGUUACAAUGUUAUUAUUUCUGAUGUAUACUGGAUUGUUACCAUUUGUACCAUUAAAAGAGACACAUUUAGAAAUAUUUUUACCUUCUAUUUACUUACGACGGAAGAAUAGAUCAAAUCCAACGAUCUUAUCAUUCGAAAAACUAGUUGUACGCACUAUCAAUGUACUCUUAAUGAGACCAUGUUUAUUUACACAUUUAAGAGCACGUGGAAUACAUAAACAACUCAAACGCACUUUAAACUGCACAGUAUAUUUUAAAGCCGUGACAAUUUAUAUAAAUUUAUAGAGCUAUUAUAAGGCAUUUAGUUUAAAGUAAAUUUCUUGCUAUUAUACAAUAUUAAUAUAAUACAUUUUUUAAUGUCUACUGUAAUAUCUAAAAACAAUAAGAAAAUUACAAAUGUACAGUUUUAGAAUGUCAUAUUAUUAAAUAGUACAUAUAAGUUGUACUUUAAGUAAUUUAUUUCAAAAGCUUUGUCAAGUAUUAUACAACAAAUACGUUACCUUACUUUGUAUAAAAUUAAUAGACAUGAAUUCUUUCUUUUAACAAUAUUAUUUUGUAUAAGUUAUACAUACAUAUCUUAAUAUUUGUCAGCAAACAUAUGAUCAUAUAUUUGAUUAUAUUGUUAAUAGUAUAACUUUUAAAUUAUUAUUGCUAUAAGAAUUUACAAUGUUUCAUAAAAGUUCUAUUUUCCUAGUUAUCAUAUUGUGUUGAAGACAAUUAUUUUUUAUAUUAUAAAUCACUAUCUGAACUCAGCUGGUAUGCCUUAAGCAAUACAAUGGUGUAUUGUCUAUGAUAAUGGAAUUUAUGAAACCGAUUUUAUAAAUAAGCAUUGUAAUGUAUUUCGUCACAUUUACCUAUUAUUAUUUAUAAUAGAAAAUGUGAACUUUAUAAAUACUAAAGAAAAAUAUGUAACUUAUAUUAUGUACAAGUUCGUGUGUAUCUUUGUAAUUUACUAUUUGUAAAUAAAAUUUAUUUAUUAUA